AUGAGAGGGACAAACCAGUCAGGAGUCUCCGACUUCCUCCUCCUGGGACUCUCCAGGCAGCCCCAGCAGCAGCGACUCCUCUUCAUGCUCUUCCUGAGCAUGUACCUGACCACCAUCCUGGGAAACUUGCUCAUUGUCCUGGCAAUUAGCACAGAUGCCUGUCUGCACACUCCCAUGUACUUCUUCCUCAGCAGCCUGUCUUUUGUGGAUGUCUGCUUCUCCUCCACCAAGAUGCUGGCCAAUCACAUACUCGGGAGUCACACCAUCUCCUUCCCUGGGUGUCUCACACAAAUAUAUUUUCUCUGUGUGCUUGCCAACAUGGACAAUUUCCUCCUGGCUGUGAUGGCAUAUGACCACUUUGUUGCCGUGUGCCACCCCUUACACUACACAGCAAAGAUGACUCAUCAGCUCUGUGUCCUGCUGGUGGCUGAAUCAUGGCUAGUUGCCGACCUGAAUGCUCUGCUGCACACCCUGCUGAUGGCUCGACUCUCAUUCUGCGCAGACAGUGCCAUCCCCCACUUCUUCUGUGAUGUGACCCCCCUCCUGAAGCUCUCCUUCUUGGACACGCACCUCAGUGAGAUGAUAAUUCUUACUGAAGCAGGACUCAUAAUGAUCGCCCCUUUUAUUUGCAUCCUGGUAUUAUAUAUCCUUAUUGCAUCUGCUGUCCUGGGGUUGCCAUCUCCAAGGGGAAGGUGAAGAACCUUCUCUACCUAUGGCUCCCACCUGGCCAUGGUUUCCUUCUUCUAUGGCACCAUCAUAUCUGUGUAUAUCAACCCCUCAUUCUCCUACUCAGCUGACAAAGAUACAGUAGCUGCUGUGAUGUAUACAGUGGACCCCAUGCUGAACCCUUUCAUCUACAGCCUGAGGAACAAGGACAUAAAAGGGGCUUUUGGAAACGUGGUUGCUUGCUAUGGAAUUUUUUCUAUUCAAUAA